AUGAUGAUGAGACAACCCUCCCAACAGACGGCAGAUGCGACUGUGGAUGCAAACAACAACAACAACGGCAGCAGCACUCCCUUGGAGAAUGACAAUGAUGUGUCCCACUCGGUGGCUGGUUCCAACAGCAGUGAUACCAAGCGAAGAAGGCGACGACAAGCAUCUGCCGUGCACUGCCUCCGAUGGAUGUUGGGGAUUGUCUUGUUGUGUUCUACCGUCAGCAUUGCCAGUUUGGUCUACUUGCUCCAAUCGGAAACAGAACAGAAUGAAUUCGAGACACAACUGGAGAGUGAUGCGACCAAAUUGCUGUCAAGUGUGGGACGCAAUUUUGCCAUGACGCUGGCGGCAGCCGAGCUGUACAUGUAUCGCAUCAUGUACCAAGCCGCACUGAGCGAUGCCACGUGGCCCAUGAUUACCAUUCCUGGACUGGCGGUCCAAGCGGCCAAAUUGAUGAGUCAAACCAAUUCCAUUUACAUGACGUUCUAUCCGCUGAUUGCGACUCCAGAAGAUCGAAAGACAUGGGAGAAUUUUACACAACACAAUGACGGCUGGGUCGAGGAAGCACUCCAAGUACAAGCCAAGGAUCCCAAUUUUCAUGGGCCCAUUCUCGACAAUUACACCAAAAGUUAUACCGUUUGGAGAAAUGAAGGACCCGAACCCGAUAAUGCCACUGGACCCUUUCUACCGUCGUGGAUGGGAAGUCCCGUGAUUCCCUACUAUUACCCCUACAACUGGAACGCAUUGGCGUAUCCGGCAUUUGGAGAGGGACUUACCCAUUGCAUGCACACCAAAUGUGCCGUCGUAACUCCGGUGGCCAACAAUGCCGAUCCCAAUGAUCCCGUCGCCGUGGCACAGGCCCGUGUCACAUCCGAUUGGGGUAGUCUCUAUCUGUCACAGGACGAUGAUUCCAAUGAGCCAUUCAGUGAUUUGUACUACCCCGUGCUACCCGCGUUGGACGAUGUUGUCUUUGCGGAUCCACACAACAACAUCUCGGCGUUGGGAACAGUAGCAUUCUCCUUUUACUGGAGACACUCGCUCAAGGAUAUACUCCCCAGUCAAUCCAAAGGACUCAUUCUGGUCGUACAAAACCCCUGUCGAGGAGGGCAAAGCUUUACGUAUCAAAUCAAUGGAGCACAGCCAGUCUUUUUGGGAUUUGGUGAUUUGCACGAACCAAAAUUCGACCGCUAUGCCAGAUCCUCUCCCUUGGCCACACUCAUCGAACGCAACAAGGGGAAAUACACCGGAUUACCCAUGAAUGACAACUUUUGUCCCUUUACCAUCACCGUCUAUCCCUCCACAUUCAUGGCCAAGGACUACAUUACCAACGAACCCAUCUUGUUUGCCUUGGGAUCGGCAUUCAUUUUCAUCUUUGUCGCCACGCUGUUUUGUGCCUACGAUUUUCUCAUUCGACGCGAAUUCAAUGCCAAACAACGACUCCUCGAUAUCAAACGACACUUGAUGAUGUUUGUCAGUCAAGAAGUCCAAAGACCCCUCAAUGCCGUCUGCCAGGGAUUGUCCAUGUUACAAGAUGAAAUGAAAGAUGCCGUACCGGCCAUUACGCAUGAGAACAAUCGAAUGCACUAUUAUCACCACAAUCUACUCGAUGAUUCCAAUGUUGCACUGCGGACUCAAUAUCUUCAGGAUGAUGCCGAUCAUUUGCGAUCGCAUUUGGAAGGAUGGUUGCACAUGACCAAAAUGAUUUGUGAUUCGGCCGAGUCGUCCGUAGAUGUGCUGGGGGAUCUGUUGGCAUACGAUGAUAUUAUUCAAACAACCGACACCGAGGACGACAGCAGCUUUGCGUUGAAGCUGUCCGUGUUGAAUCUGUGGAAGCUCAUCUCGGACACGUCGCAGGAAUUCCUGUACAGUGCCCGCAGCAAAAACCUGCAAUACUCGUUGGAGAAUCGCCUGUUGGAUACGGACCUGGAGGGUGAAGAUGAUUUGGAAGAUCCAGAGACCAGAAUGGAGUCUCUCAAACUAGUGGGAGAUCAAAAGCGUCUGACGCAACUGCUUCGAAACCUACUCUCCAACGCAAUCAAGGUGACAUCUCCGAAUGGCCGAUUGACCAUUCGAGUUUCUUGGGAACCCAUGUCCGAUUCGGAAACAUACGACAAGCACGUGUUGGAAUUGGGGGAAGAAGUGAGUUUCAACCGUCGUGGGACGGCCCGUCUCGAGGUUACGGACACGGGCAAAGGAUUGGCAGAAUCACAGCUUCAAUUGCUGCAGGAUGGAGCAGAAGUCAUUUCGGCUGACAAUUUCGAAGCGGGAAAGAUCAAAGACAUUGGGCUUUUGAUCAGCAAGAGGGUGGCAUUGCAACAUAAUGGUGAUCUGAAAGCAUCCUCGAGUGAAAAUGGGACGACGUUUACAUUGGAGCUGCCGCUGUAUCAUGUACCAGACAACAAUAGCCACGCUGAGGACGAGCUACGUAGCCUUCCGCCAAUCCCCUGUCCCGUGGAUUUGGCUGGAAUGUACGGGCGGCAGCAACAGAAGUAG